AUGUCUGUCGACACGGCCUACAACAACGCCGAGCUUGCUGCACCCGCUGAAGUCAGCGGUACACACCGCUACACGCCAGGUGCCGAGCCCAAGGAGGAGGCCAGGCAUGAGCCCGUCACAGAGAUGGCACUGCUCCUCCAUUUCAGCCGGCUCCUUCAGCUCAAGACCCUGCAGACGGUGGUUCUCUUGCAACUUGUUGUUUGCGUCUUCUUAGUCUUCGUGGAGAUGAGCUUCGGCAUGCUGAAGAGCGCGUUGUGCGGCUUCAACGGCCUUGGUAGCAUGGCCGAUACGGAUGCUGUUCUCCAUCUCGAUGAUGCGGCGCUUUGCUAUACGUUGAGCGUGCAUGUGGUGUACCUUGCCUCGUUCGAAGUCGCGCAGCUCUGUCGUUUCUUUAUCCGUUGCAGCGCGUUUGUCUGCCGAUUUUUGUUCUCUGUAGUGGGCGCCAUUGUUGUUCAAUAGGUUGUAGUAGAGUGGUUUGUUGUUUGCUUGAAAGCGGUUGAGUAAUACGGUGGAUGCCCAUAAUAAGCAGGAUGGAAACGACUAUAG